AUGUCCUGCCCAAAGUUUAGACCCGACUGGAGCAAAAGUUUUUUUCUAGAAAGUGAGCUGCGGAGAUUUGUUUUACGAACUAUGAAUCUUUCCUGUAAGAAUAUUCACUAACAGCUUCAACUUGGCUGAAAAAGUAGGACCUAUCCAGCCAAUCAUUUGUUGCGUUUUUCGUCUUUUGUUGCUGCGUCUGCUUUUUUUUGUUGGAAAAGUUGGGGCCAGGACGACAACACAGAUUCCAGUGUGGAGUAGAUAUGCGCUUUGUUACAUUCACAAGUAUGCCAGCAAGAAACAACAGGAAAGCGCUGUCUUUCACUGCAGAUUUCGACAGCUAACACACUUUGGAAGAAAAUAAACCGACCCGACUUUUAAACUUAAGAAUGACUCGGGGUAACUUUUAUUGAGUGUCGUCGAUAUUUCCUGCUGUGUAAAAGAAAAAAAAGUUUGGGAUUGGCUCAAACUUGUUUUUUGUGAGUUUCUGAACGCGACUUUUUCGGACACAUAAAGUUUGCCGACUGUUUUGGGAGAAUGGAUCCGAGCCAGCACAACCCUCCUGCCGGACAUCAGAUCGUCCAUGUAAGGGGCGACUCUGAGACCGACCUGGAGGCUCUCUUUAACGCCGUGAUGAACCCGAAAAACACUAUCAUACCCCCAUCUGUGCCCAUGAGGAUGAGGAAACUGCCAGACUCCUUCUUCAAACCCCCUGAACCAAAGUCCCAUUCCAGACAAGCCAGCACUGACGCGGGGAGCGGCGGAGUUCUCACACCCCACCAUGUCCGUGCACACUCGUCCCCAGCCUCCCUGCAGUUGGGAGUUGGCGUUGGCUCCAUGUCUGGCAUGCCCCCUCCAGGUGCUUCCCCUCAACAUCUCCGUCAGUCUUCCUAUGAGAUUCCUGAUGACGUGCCUCUGCCCCCAGGGUGGGAGAUGGCCAAAACAGGCUCUGGCCAGAGAUACUUCCUCAACCACAUUGAUCAAACCACCACUUGGCAGGAUCCUCGCAAGGCCCUGCUCCAGAUGAACCAGGCUGCACCCCCUAGCUCGGUGCCAGUCCAGCAGCAGAACAUUAUGAACCCAGCCAGUGGUCCUCUCCCUGAGGCCUGGGAACAAGCUAUUACAUCAGAGGGAGAAAUUUACUACAUCAACCACAAGAACAAGAGCACAUCCUGGCUUGACCCACGACUUGACCCGCGCUUCGGCUUGAACCAGCAGAGGAUCACUCAGAGUGCUCCAGUGAAGCAGGGAGGCCCGCAACCUCCCGGAUUCAUGGGAGGCAACAACCAGAUGAGACUGCAGCAGAUUGAGAAGGAGAGGAUGAGACUGAAGCAACAGGAAAUGCUUCGGCAGAGACCACAGGAGCUAGCUAUAAGGAACCAGCUGCCCACCAGUAUGGAUCAAGAUGGCAUUACAAACCCGGUGUCCUCCCCUAUGGCCCAAGAUGCCCGCACCAUGACCGCCAACAGCUCUGACCCAUUCCUCAACAGCGGGACCUAUCACUCCAGGGAUGAGAGCACAGACAGCGGUUUGAGUAUGAGCAGUUACAGCGUCCCUCGCACUCCAGACGACUUCCUCAACAGUGUGGAUGAGAUGGACACAGGGGAUCCUCUUCCACCCUCCAUGGCAACACAGCCCAGCCGCUUCCCCGACUACCUGGACGCCAUCCCGGGUACAGACGUGGACCUGGGCACCCUGGAGAGUGAGAGCAUGGCGGUGGAGGGUGAGGAGCUGAUGCCCAGUCUGCAGGAGGCCCUGAGCUCUGACAUCCUCAAUGACAUGGAGACAGUGCUGGCAGCUACCAAGAUCGACAAGGAGAGCUUCCUCACGUGGUUAUAGAAGAUCACAAACUCCUCUCCUCACACUCUGAACUGCUGCCUGCUCUGAUCUGUGAAGGAGUCAUAGAUGCUUUUACAAGACAUUUCAGCGAGCCUCUCUGGACUUCUGUCUCGGCGUGUAAAGCCAAUCUAUUUUGAGGCAGUAUUGUUCUUUUCUUUUCACUGGUGUGUUAUCUCUUUAUUUUGUCUGUGUCUUCAAGGCUGGCCCAUGAACAGACAAUAACGCAAGGGUCCCCAAAAUCAUUCACAGAUCUGUCAAUGAAUCUAGGGCAUCUUUACCUAGACCUCCCCCCUUUGUCUCUCCCCCUCAUGGCUGAGCUGGGCAGGUGCAUGUACUCUUCUGCAAGAACAAUUAUCACCUGGACUCUAUGGUGCCUCUUUUCUUGCAAUAUAGCAUGAAGCAGAACUACUUAACUGUUUGGGACUAUUGCAUCUAGCUUAAGUAGCUUUAUAUUUGGCCUUGUACAUUUUUAUUCUUUUGUUUGUUUGUUUUUAACGAGCCUGAGAAACCAAAAAUGAUGUAUUCGAAGCAUAUGGAACAAUACUGAUUUGGAGUAAAGGUAAUGUUAGGCCCAGUUUGAGCAUGUUGGCUUGCUGUGGGGUGUGGGUGGGGGGGGGGGGGGUGGUUGGAGCCUGGGGACCGACUACAUUGCUGCUUGGCUGUGCCAGCAAGUCUAAGUUAAACCUAUGAUAGAUCAAGUGCCUUCAGUUGUAUUUUUUAAGACACGAGCAAAAUGAACAAAUACUCAGUUUCUGUACCGCAGCAAUACGCAUUAGGCUGUAUGAAUUUACAUCAUCAACACUUUUCUCUAUCUAAUGUUCAAUAAUCAGAAUUGUAUUUUUGUUUUAUAAACACAUUAUAUGGGGGAUUUAGGGAUUUAUUUUGGUUUUUAAACCCUAGCUUCUAAGUAUCUCAGUCUUAUCCAAGCCUAAUUCAUAAUUCAAUCUUUGUUUUAUCUCUUAGGUAUUAUUCUAUUUUUAGUUUACUACAUAUGUAUAAUAGCUUAGAUCAAAAUGGCAUUUUGCUUGUUGUUUUUAAUUUCUUUUAUAGAUGAAUUAAUACAUUUUUAACAGGGUCUACUGUUAUCACAGCACAUCAUGUCACAAAGUGGUGCCGAAGUCUGCCAAGACACAUGAUUCAGUUUUGGUUGUUUUUGUUAACAAUUUAGCUGAUUUUCAUCCGGUCUCUGAUUUACUAUAUACAUAUUAGUGUUAUUGUUUAUUUUUUGUUCACAUGCAGCUUUUAGUAUCUCUAUGAAAAAAUAACCAAAAAAAGGCAGAUCUCUUGGCUAAACAGAAACUAGAGCUCUUUGAUCAAUUAAACCUUGUGACAAAUACAGUAUACGAAAGAUACAAUGCGUGGAACAGUCUUCCUAAGGAGGGAGCGGGGCCCCUCUGUGCGACGCUGUGUGUUGAAAUGAGGGGUUUAUAGAAAACAACUGGGACACGUUUAAGCAAGUUUCAGAGUCAUGUUGAGGGGUGGUGUAGAAGGCCAGGGUUUGACUGAUGGCGGUGAGUUACAUGGAUUGUUGAUCUUUUUUGUGUGAAAUAAUUAAGAAACAAUCAGUUCUUAUAUCAGUCAGGAAUUGUUGUGGCAGAUUCCAAAGAUGUGUUUUUUGUAAUGACGCAAACAGUUAUUGUUGCCUCCAUUUUCACACAGUCCAGAAACGGUAUGAUUUUUCAAUCAGCCUCUGUAUGAACACACUGUAUAAGCUAAUGAGAAAAUGAUGUAGGUUGAAAGUGUUAAUGGACAUGUCUGAAUAGGUCUAGCUGAGAGAUUCUUUUUUUUUGUACUCUUUAGACAAGACGGUUGUUUUGAGUGACUAACCCUGACAUUUAAAUAUGAGGUUUAAAAACAGAGAAGCAAGUGAUUCUUCAUUAAGCGCUCACAUGUUUACAUUUUCUCUGAGUAAGUAACUGCUGCUGCGGCAGUGGACACAACACACUGACAAUUCUUCAUAAUUGCAAUAUCUUUGAUGUUUACAUCAUGGCUAUAUAUUUUGCAUGACCGCAGUACGUUUUGAAUGAUCAGCCUACCGUAAAUGCCCUGGGUUGAAGCUUUGGAGGGUGUCACACUAAUUUUUGCCAACCAAUGCUGAAUUGAUAGCAUUAACUUGAUGGAACAAUAUUGUUUGUUGUUUUAGAUCAGAGAUCAUGAACAUUUUUUUUUAAUCCUGUGUGAGAAGCCUCGUUUUAGUUUUGAUUUUACUGAUCAUUAAAUCAUUUGUUAAUGACGGAUUUAAGAUGGAUAAACAGUGUUGGUGAGAACAGUGCAACUAAAAUGAGUGGUACACUACAGUGCUUGUAUUGCACGGCUACAGAGUUUCAUUUUGAUGCAAUGACACAUUUUGUCACACAGACCUGAUUUUAUGCUUACUUAGUGUGUAAUUGUCAGAGCAUAUUAGCUGUUGACUGUCAUUGUAGCAGUAGAACUAAUCACACAAGUUAAAGGAUUUUGUAUUUAGAGUUUUCUAAAUGCACAUGAAAUGAAUUUAUAUUCAGUAUGAUCUGUUCAUUUUUUGUGAUAGAUAUGUGCAUGUGUUUUAGAAAAAUAAAUUCUGUUACAUUA